AUGGCUCCCGGGAAGAAGCAGCAGCAGGGCCACGAAGACCCCAGUCGGCUGCGGAUUGCAAUUGUGAAUGGCGAUAAAUGCAAACCCAAAAAGUGCCGCCAAGAAUGCAAAAAGAGCUGCCCCGUCGUCCGAACAGGUCUCUCCAGCAGCAGCAGCAGCAGCAGCAGCAGCAGCAGCAGCAGCAGCAGCAGCAGGAGUUUCAGUUCUUCUGCGCACCCACCAGCAGCAGCAGCAGCAGCAGCAGCAGCAGGGGGUCGAGUUUGGGGUCUUUUUGCGUGGUUUUUCAGGCAAAUUUUGCAUCGAAGUGGAGAGCAGCAGCAAAGUGGCUUUCAUCUCCGAACCGCUUUGCAUAGGCUGCGGAAUUUGCGUCAAAAAAUGUCCUUUUGGAGCAAUUCAAAUAAUUAA